AUGACAGCUUUCACAGCGCUCAACGGCGGCGACUCCAGAAGUUCUGCCACGCACAAGGGCUCCCCGCCGCAUCAUCCGGAAAAUGACGAACAGCGAUCUGGUGCUCGGAUGGACAGCUCCUAUCUGAGACACAACCAGGGCUCCCCUGAUGGCAGGCAUAACCAGUACAUUCAUAACCGAGAUUCUGGGUUUGACUCUCCAGUGAAGCGGAAGCGCUCCACUUCUCCCGAGCCCGCCAGGCAUGCAGACAACUACCGCAGGUCUGACGGACGGGCAGAAGCACGAACUGUUCACUUUGCGUCUGCUGAGAGGCAGGAAGAGGCAAGAGAAGAUGAUCGAGGAAGAUAUCAAAAGUCUUGGAGCUCUAGAGAAGCCGAGGAUCAGCGGAUACAAAACGAAAGAGACGUGGAGCCGACAUCCGCUGGAGCAGCCAGGCACGACGACCGAGACAGGGAUCCGACGCAGGAGGGAGACACAAUCCACGUAGAGGAUCCAGAUGACCCGGUCUCGAGUCCAGAAGAUGAUGACAGUAUGAUGCCAUUCGGCGACAAGAACGAGCAACAGAGAAACGACGCAACAGGCCAAUCAAACCCCAGCAAGAGAAAACGGAACUUUAGCCACAGAACAAAAACAGGCUGCUUCACGUGCAACAACUGCUUCCGCGGAGGCUUUAUCUGUACGGGUUAUCACCCGAAUGGAAACCGGGAUUUCAAGGCGGAGGUCAAGACUGCGACAGUUCCGCUGGAGUCGAAGGAUCCUUCCUAUGUGCCACCAGGAGCUUAUGGCAUGCCACAACAGCAGCAGCCGACUUACACGCCGCACCAACCCGCCAAGCGCAACUCUUUGCCUGGAUAUCGCGGCCCAACAAUUCAGACUGACUUCCCCUCUAACCGCCCAGCUCCCGUCCUUGACGAGCGCCCACCUGCGACCAUCCCUACCACGUCCGUAACCAGCCCUAACGGGAAGAUGUCGACACUGUCGGCGUUCGCACAGGCAGCUAACGCAUAUGCCACCCCCACCAGCGCGAUCAGCACCUCGAGCACCCUCAAGACCCCAUCGAGUGCCGUGGCGCCAAGUCCAAGCAGCGAGUUUCCGAGGGUCACAGGGCUACAGGAUGUGGCCCGGUCAGGCCCCAAGACGCCGCAUCCUGACACGCCACGUCCCGAUGCUCCUUUUUCAAGCACGUUACCGCGGCUAAACGCUCUCAGCCCCAAUGGCCAUCUCGCCGCGACAUCAAAUGCCUAUGUUCCUUCGCCGUUAGCCAUGACGCACACGAUGCAGGCCAGGCCGCGGACUCAAAAGGAGGAGAUGCUUGCCGGGCUGAGAUACUCUCCCAUGGAUGAGGAGUUGCGACUUGAGCGUCAGCGGUGUGGCACUGCAUGUUGGCGGUUCAACAACUCGAUCAAUCCACUUGCGGGCGUGUCGAAUCUUGAACGCAUGCGCCUGUUUGGAGACAUCUUGGACCCCAAGGAGAAUAUCAAUCUUGCUGUACAUCAAGUAUCGCCAGUAACCAGCCGCGGCCGCAUGGGUGUUGAUGUUGUCGUCGAAGGGCCCUUUACGUGCGACUAUGGCUACAAUAUCAGGCUGGGCAACAACGUCUUCAUUGGCCGCAACUGCACGAUCCUUGACCCGUGCGAGGUCAGCAUUGGCAACAAUUGCUACCUUGGGCCCAAUGUCAGCAUCUACGGAGCCACUUUGUCUACCGAUCCUUCGCAACGACAUGGCAGCAGGAGUACCCAGACCGGAAAGAGAAUCUUCAUAGAUGAUGAUGUCUGGAUUGGUGGCGGGGUGACCAUUCUGCCUGGUCGGAGAAUCGGCCGGGGCGCCACGGUCGGCGCGGGCUCGGUGGUAACCAAGGUACGUUCUUCUCGUGCUUAG